AUGGAUUCUCUUCCCACGGAUAUCUUAGUAGAACUCCUUUCUAGGGUUCCAGUUGAAUCUAUCUUGGAGUGCAAAUUAGUUUGUAAACGUUUUGGAACUCUCACCCGCGGAAGUGAGUUUACUAAGAUGCACCUCAGACGCCAGCUUCAGGUGGAGGAGCCAUGUCUCUUUUUUGCUUGCCGCAUUUCCAUGUCCGGCAACAGAACGUUACUUUUCAACGGAGGACAGGUAAGUGAUAGGAUUAGCGUUGAUGAGAAAUACAUUUACAAUCAAAAUCUGAAAAGGGUCUAUCAUCCUCGUAUGCACAAUAAUGUUUCGUAUAAUCACUUAGUUGGCUCCUGCAAUGGUUUGGUUUGUGCAUUUCAACACCACCAUUCGGUUAUAGAUCCCAUCUAUAUUUGUAAUCCCCUUACCAGAGAAUACGUUUAUCUUCCUCAACUAGUUGAGCCUGAUCUCGGUCGUGUAAAGGGAGGAGAGGUUUACAUGUAUGGUCGUAUAGCUUGUGGAUUUGGGUACGUUAAAUCAACCGAUGAGUAUAAGGUUGUAAGAAUCCGUUACAAAAACAACGGGUUCGCUGACGGAAAUGUUGAAGUAUACACACUUGGCAGUGGUCGUGGGUGGAGAGCUUUAGGUACAGUUUUGUAUGGACUGGAGAAGAGUGGUACUUAUGCAAAUGAUGCUAUUUACUGGAUUUCGUACGACAAAGUUGUGGCCUUCGACUUGGCUAAUGAAGAGUUUCGAUUCCUACCAGUCCCUCCUUAUAUGAAAAACCGUGACUGCGGACUUGUAGCACUCGGAAGGCAUUUGUGUCUUUAUAUAAAUUGGUCCAAUGCAGUAGAAAUCUGUUACUUGAUAGAAAGUAGCGAAUCGAAGGAGACCUGGUGUACCGAGUUUUUUAUAGACUUAUUUGAAGCCGUAACAGGCUUUCGUGGAGGGAAAUUCCAGCCGAUUUUACUUACAAACAACGGAGAGAUCAUAUUCUUAUGCGAUGAAUCUGUGCUUUAUUGUUAUGACACGAAAACCACAAUUUUGAAGAUGAUUUCCAACGACGCAUCAACUGAUUACAUCAGGCAUGUCGAAGCAAUUGCUCACAUAAACACCUUUGCGUCAUUGGAAGCUACGGGAGAAAAUUCAAAGAAAUACACAACAGCUCUUCCACGACGGGUUCCACGCCCGGUUCGUACUCCAUGGGAUGAUGUUGCUGAUGAGGUAUACCGAGUUGCUCCUAAUGAGGAAAUUGAUACAACUUGUUUCGGGUUCGAGCCUUUCGGGAGAUCAUUUUAA